AUGGCGAUAAGGCCUACAAGUUGGAACCACUUCCACUGCAAAAUAAACGAAAAGAUAAUUCGAGAAAUCGCUGAUGCUAUGGUGGAUAAGGGCCUUGCAAAGCUUGGUUAUGAGUAUAUCAACAUAGAUGAUUGCUGGGCAGCUUAUGACAGGGACUCCCAGGUCACGGACUUGCAGCAAAUUGAUGCCCGCAUGACAGCUAUUGCCGACAAGAAGAACAAGUGGGCAUCAUACGCUGGGCCUGGUGGAUGGAAUGAUCCAGACAUGUUAGAAGUUGGAAAUGGGGGCAUGACAACAGAAGAGUACCGCUCCCAUUUCAGCAUAUGGGCUCUAGUGAAGGUUUGGGCUGGUCCACUUACUGGAGGUAGAAUUGCUAUGGUUCUAUGGAACAGAGGAUCAACUGAAGCAUCCAUCACUGCCAGCUGGAGCAGCAUUGGACUUAAUGCAUCAACUGUCGCUGAUGCUCAUGAUCUCUGGACAGAUGAGAUUAUAUCAUCAGUGCAAGGAGAACUAAAGGAAACAGUGGAUUCUCAUGCUUGCAAGAUGUAUGUUGUGACACCAAAAUAG